AUGACGUUUUGCGUGCUUCGUAGAAGCAGAUCUUUUGCCAGCAAACUGCUUCUAACUGCAGCCGCAGCUUUAAGCGUUACUCCAAGAGUGACAAUGGCUGAACUCUGCACAGAUGGUGGAAAGUGCAACGAUGAAGUGGAGAAGGCCAAACUUGCUGCUGAGGCUGCGGAGAAGUACAAGCCUGAGGACUCGAUAUUCAUGAAGAUCAUUCGGAAAGAAAUCCCUGCUGAUAUAGUGUACGAAGACGACAAGGUUUGUUCUCCUACUUUGUAAUGGUCGUUUUAACAUUUGUGGUCUUAAAGACUCAGAAGCUUUCGGGGUUGGGGGGCGGUGGUGGGUACUCCGUAUUUCAAGGGCAGGAUGAUUAAAUGGGGGCGAAAGUCAAAACAACAAAAGCCCCGGGGAUACUGACAAAACUGAAAAAUUCCCCAGACGAAAAAUAGAAUCCGCAUAAAAUCCCAUCCUGAAUUCCCAUUCCUUGAAUAAAGUUGAUUAAAGCAAAAGGGAAUUCCUGUCCAGGGCUCGAAGAAAGUCCAUCGGAAAGUUUGGGACAAGUAGAUUUUCUUGUGGGAAAAGUGACUUUUAAAGCUUAUUUGCCCAAUGAGCAAGGAUCCAGGCAACUAAUUAAAUCAUUAACAAAGCCAUGCAAGAAGUGGCCCCAGGCAAGCGAACUGCUGUCGUGAUAUAACCGGGCAAUAAACAUGAAGAAUAAUGAGAUAUCAACUACAUAAUUGUGUUCUUGUUGAAUACGUCCUGAGACACUUAAUGGAGUAUUUUAUUACUGUUUUUUAGCCUGCAUUGUAGAUACUCUAAACCACCUGUACAGAGUGUCUGCAAAUUUGUGCACAUCAUCGUGUUCAGAGAGUCGCAAGGACAUAUGUUGAUGUUUUUGAUUUGCUUGUCUCUUUUGCAGUUUGUGAUUGGUCUGAUUUGAAAAAAGUGUUGACAGGCCAAACAUGAUUCAUAGUUUAUAGUAGUGUGAAAUGAGUGACCUUACAGUUAGCCUUUAAUGAACAACAGAGAGACCCUGUUAAGGAAUUCUGACAAGUGCUAUGGGCUUGACUUAAGGCAAACAAAAUGAUGACAAACAGCAUAAAGAAGGGUUGAAACUGUCUAAUUUGGCCCAUCUUGUUUUUCUUGAGAUAAAGUGAGUCUUUGGACUGGAGUGUGAUGUUCUUUAGUUUCUCUGUUGGUAAUUCCUUUUGUUUUGGCUUUUAAGAACAGUUUAUAAUGGGCAGUGCAUCUGCAGUGAUUAGAAGACACUGGAAAAUCAAGGACUGUCUGUAACACAGGAAAAAAUAACGGAUUCCCAUUUUUGGAUAUUUUAGGGUAUUUAAAGAAUACCCAUAAAAAUCCCAAAUUUGGCAAAGUGAGACAAGUCCCAACGAGGGAAUUCCCAACCAAGUUCCCUGAUUGGGACUUGUCUCACUCUUCCUAAUUUGGGAUUUUUGUGGGUAUUGUUUAAAUACCCUAAAAUAUCCAAAAAUGGGAAUCUGUUAUUUUUUCCUGUGUAACCAGUUGGCAAAUUGACAAACACAUUUUGGCCUUCGAGGAAUAUUCUAUCAAAGUAUUUUCCUGUUCAGGAAGAAUAAGGCUUUCAAGUUUGAACUGCUCUUUGCCAACUUUCGACCUGCCCGAAUCCAACCAUCAUGCACUCAUAAGAAUUGGGCCAGUCGUGAAGUGCGUAAGAAACCCUCUUAUCACAAAUGCUCUAUCUAAUACAGCUGUGGUAGUAAUUUUGCCAAAUCUUUGUUAAUAGCCAGGUAGUUUAUGUAUAAACUUGGGAGGUAUUGACCCUGAAAACCCCUAUCCAGCCACCUUAAUAUUUUAUUUUUCUGACUUUCUGUCAUCCCUGCUUUUUUCACUUUCCUUCCCCCAUUGUUGUCGUCAUUGUUGUUUUUUGGGAGGGGGGCAGGGAGAAGGUGUGAUUACUAGGCUUCAUUUCAUUGGGAAAAGUGGUUGCAAAGGCCCCCAGGAUCAUGAAAUUGUUUUCAAAAAAAUGUACAUGGAUGCUGAAAGAUGAGUUUCAUGGGAUUUUUCCUGUUUAAGGUACCUGUUUUUGCAUUUUUCUCUGGCAUUUGUUGGCUGUGAUCUUUUACCCUUGUGCAAUAAUUUUUGUAUACCCCUUAAACUUAAUGAUGUGAGAAGUUGUACCAGGUUUGCAUGAGUGGUUACUGGGAUUUGAGGUGUGAGUGUUUUCUUAAGACAAUAUUUUUCCAUUCAUUGAAAAAAAUUAAUACCAGUGUAAAAUUGUGAAAGUCCUGAUUGUUUGUUAGUGAAACAUUUUUUGUUGCGAUCAUUUUCGAACCUUGUUCAGAUGACAUUAUUUAAACUGAAUGAGACAAUAGGCCAUUUGCAUGAUGGUGUGAUGUUACUACUACGACCAGAAUCCGAAGUUGUGUUUCAGGGCUGCAAAUAACGGCCGGUCAACGGACAAUGUCCGGCCUGAUCGCUGACUUGACCGGUCAAACUCCGGUCUUGCCGGUCAUUUUGACCGGUCAUUUUGGAUACAAACACUUUAUUUUUCAUACAGUUGUCGCUGAAUGCUCUAUAACGCUGCAAUGAUUUCUUUUUUCUUUGGCGGUUUUUUGCUGCUUUGCACUAAACCCUUCUAAGAAAAAGAACGCCGCAAUAAAUUAAUUUCAUGUCGUCAUGUUGUAAUCUAAUGCAACAAAGUGAAUAACAAACUGAGUUGGAAAGUAACGCAACGUUGCAAGUCAUACUGUACUUUCGGCUUUGCUGUAAUCAGCAAUGUGACCUUUGGGAAUUCGAAGGAAUUCAGGCAAAUCGAUCGCAAUUCUCAACAGGUCGUCCUGUGUUUCUCCGGGAAUAAAGGUUAGCACAUCGAUUAAUAAUAAUUUCUUUUACGUCGAACAUGAAUCUCGUUUGCAGACACGAUUCCAGAAUGGUCUGAUAAAAAUUUAAGCUACUCAAGAGGGAAGGUCGUUGUCUAUCGCGGCGCUAGAUUCUCGUUCUUGUAAACAACUUUAUGCAAAUUUCUGUUGACAUUUGAGCCCUUCGCGAUAAAAUGUUGCGCGAUGACCCAAAUUUAUUUGUUGACUUCUGAUCAUCAACACGCUGUUUGUGGAACAAACUUCUCGCCAAUGCAAAUCAACUUCUUUGCCGAAAAUAUCAGUGACGAUUCUUCUUUGAGGAAGUGACUUUCGAUCACGUGCCAGGCAAGGAAAAAAAUCAAGUUUCACCGAUGUUCAUUUCGGAACAUCAACGUAAAACAAACGUGUGCAGAUUUUGUAAAAUAACCCAAUUUUUUUGUUUUUUUUUUUUCCCGUAAUUUCUGAAGUUUGCUGAACUGUAUGUGUAUUCCGUUUCCUGAACCUUGGGAGUUUGAAAAGGAUUUACGCUUCACUUUUUACCUCUAGAGACUUCAGACGCCGCCGUGCAAUGAUACUCAAGGUAGAAUGUAACAUUAAAACGCGCGAAAACCGCGGAAAGGAACUCUACAACGUGCGAAUGCAUUUUUCACCAAUUUGCUGUCAAAAAUGUGAACGUCAAUGUAGUAAUAAUGAUCUAUUGCCAGCAUAAUUGGAUAUUCCUUAGGCAAAAAAAAAUUAUUAGUAUUCAUUAUUUGACCGGCCAGAAUCGGGGUUUGUCCGGGCUAAAUAAUAUUUGGCCGGUCAUCAUGACCGGCAACCUGCUGUCCGUUAUUUGCAGCCCUGUUUUUGCUUUCUUGUACAAAUUAGGGCUUUUGUUAUUUAAACCUCGCUGGGAUGACCAAAUUUAAAUGUGAAAAGAAAAAUGAAAGGAAUUCUGGUUGUAGUACAGGGCUUGAAAUAACGGCCGGUCAUCGGACAAUGUCCGGUCAGAAUCGAGCAUUGUCCGAGCAAAUCCGUGGAUGACCGGACAUGUUGUCCGGUCAUUUGGGCUUUCAAAGAAAAUUCAAUUUUGAGACAAUCAUGAUGGAAAUUUAUUCAAUCUUAUCAUGUUCCCAAAAAAGAUAUUAACUAGAGGGACUUUUGUUUGUGAAAUUGAUCACAUUUCCUGUUGUCAGUCGCGACCGCAAAUUGGCUACUGCUGUGCGUGUUGUAAAGUGCUCAAGAUUGCACGCCCCGCUGCGCCGAAAAUAACCCGCAUAGCAUCUGGUGCCAACAAGAGCAAAAAAAAGAAAGACCCAGAGUGACAGUAUAAUGAAUUAGGCCACCCUCUUGCUCCAAUAAAACUUCACAAAUGUAACAUUAAAAUAAAAGGCUUUGAGUUUUAAUGAAGUACCGUAAACAUAAAAAUAGAGUUUGUCUUUAUUUCGCCCUGUCCGUAAAUUUGUUGCGUAUAUAUCACUAAACGACUAAUUCACAAGGUUAACUCAACAUUCAUCACCCUGUUCUCUUUGAAAUACAUUAUGUAUAAGUUUUAACGCAUUCAAAUGCAAAUGAAUGCCCACUACCACGAUUUUUUGUGCGAAUGGCGAUGUUACUUCGGCCAGCAGGUCGUGCCGAAGGAUACGAUUAUUUUCAUUGCGCAACGUGUAAGAGAUGUAACGGAGAAUUUACAAAAUGUAUAUGACACUCAAAAGAAACGUUAACCAACAAAAUUAUAUGAGCUGAAAGUUCAUGCUCCCCAUUCUAAAGACAUUCUAAAAUGCAAUUCUAUAUGUAGACAAAUGAGAAAUGUAUUUCUGGAAAUCCUGAACAAAGUGCAAACAGUAAAUAAAUGAGAGAUUGAUUUAUUGAACCAAACGAUUUCACAAGUUUAUUUGCCCGUUGAAAUUAUUUGUCGAAACAAAGCAGCAUUUGCUAAAAUGUAAAUGUUGUACUAUAAAGUUGAAGGUUACGUUUUGUUAGUGAUUUGGUCAGGUUUCAACCAAACGUUAACGAUGAGGUUGUGUCUUGCAAUCCACGUGUCUGACUUACAAUGUAACAGAAGAAAGAGUAAUAAAACUACAACUUCUAAUUUUUUGCACACUCGAUUUGUUUUGAGCAACUAGAGUUGCUGUUGCUGAAAAUGAGACAGAUCAUGUAACUUGCAAAAUGGAGCCUCUAUUGCAACUAGUUAAGAUGGAUUAAAUUUUUGUCCGGCCAAAAAUGCCUAUGUCCGAGCAAAAUCACGUUUGACCGGACAAUGUGUCCGGCGCCUGCCCAAUAGUUAUUUCAAGCCCUGUAGUAGGAAAAUGACACCAUCCUGCAAAUGGGGUAUUUAUUUUUCUUUGAGGUGGAGUGGGUACUUCUAUAGCCAUUAUGAAUGUGGCUAUUUUCCCUUUGGUCAAUAUAAUUUUUAAACUUUCAGUAUGUUUUCUCGAAUUUGUUACUCAGAAUUGGGGUUUCACUGCCUUGUUUCUUCUUAGAUGAUACUAAUGAGUCAGUUUUUGACUGACAGGCUGUUGCUUUUCGGGAUGUCAAUCCUGUUGCACCCAAACAUAUUCUGGUAAUACCUCGAAAACCACUGAUGCAGCUAUCAUCAAGCACUGAAGAAGACAUUCCUGUAUGUAUAUCCUUAUCUCGCUGCUGUUAACUGAUAAGCUUUACACAAUGUACAUGUAGGAGUAUAAAAUUUUAAUCAAUGUACUUUGUUGUUUAUUGGGUUCUUUACCAGCUAGGAUUGCAGUGUGGGCUAUUCUACAAAGUGGCAUAUGUCACUACACUAACACACCAAAAUAUAGGUGUUGCACCUGACUAAAAAAGCAAAAUGAUGCUGAUGUUAUUAACUUAAGUGUUUGCUGAAUUAUUUUAUGGAGAUUGUUAUAACAAGUACACAUUAUAAAUUUUAGUGCAUUCUUAGUUGGACAGAGGCAUUUCAUCCGUAAAGGCCAACUGGUUUUCAUUAGCUAAAGGCUGAGUUCAGCAAAUGACUUUUUGUAUCAUCUCUAUCCUCGUGUGUAAAAAGAAUUAUCCAUGGCUACUUGAUCCUUUAUUGUACCCACUUUUAUUCCCUUUCAGCUUCUAGGUCAUUUGAUGUGGGUGGCAAAGAGUGUUGCAGAGAAAGAAAAUCUGAAUGAAAGUGGAUAUAGGCUAGGUAGGUAAUCACUAACUCUUUUAAUUAACCCUUUACAGGGACACAGUCAGCUGUGGGACCAAGCUGACCUGGACACUGCUUUUACCAGUUUGAAAAGCAUUUACCUCAACCCAAAAUCAUAUGUAUGCGUCAGAUGCAUCUAGAAAUCUGCUUUAAUCUUGCCUAAUGUUUCAUUUGAUCCUCGAUCUUUUACUGAAAACCUCUUUUUGAACAAACUUUUACUCAUCCUAUAACAUUAUUUUAUCAUAUUUGGUUAAACACAGUAUCCAAAGGAACAUGAAAAGAAGAGGUGGAAAACGUGUAGGCGCCCGGCAGGAGAAAUCGCCUGCGUUGACCAAAAUAACAAGCGAAAAGAAUCAAUUAACAUUUCAGAGCAAAUCAUGGUUAUAGGGGGGUGAAUAGGGGUAUGCAAAUCCGCCGAUCCGUGUUCUUUUUAGGCCCAAUCCGUCUAUCCGACUUAAUUUUUGUUCAAAUCCGAAUCCGCGUUACUUUAAAAAGUUUUCGUGGUAUAUAGAAAGUAGCGUUGUAGCGUGAAUAAAUGGAUUACUUAAUAUAGUUGUUAUGUAAUCGUAACAGAUGCGGGACUUCAUGUUUGAAAAGUUUUCGUUGUAGCUUCAAAACAUUAAGCAUUAGGGACAGAGCUUAUAAUGUUUCUUCCAACAAUACAGAUUUGACUAAUCAAAUAGUCUGCAAGCUUGCAAAAUGAAAGUAUCUGGUACUGCGUAAAAGAUUUUUCAAUAAAUUUACUUACUGGCAUCACUUUGGACAUGCUUCUGGUCGAGCCGCAAAAUUCUGAAGAGGCAGAACUCAACUUCAUGGUAAUUUGCUUACCAGUAAGUAUUUUCCAUGGUUCAUCUUUUGCCAUGUUUGCCCUCAACCAAGAUGGCAGCAGAAACUGUUGAAAGGUCUAUUAAGUUAACGAUCAAGACAAGCAAACUAGCUGAAAUAGCUUCGAAGAACAUAAUUUAUAUCAGUUCAUGUAUAAACCAAAUAUAAAACUUACUGAACAUGCUCGCGUAACACUUCCCCACUGACUGGAAUCGACGCAGCAUCGAAACUUAUUUUUUUUAAUAAAGUCAUCGCCUUUGGCACCUUUGUGGUAGAAAAAGGCUACACACUCGAUAGUUCUAGUUUCCAUUUUGCAAUUUAGACAAUUUACAUGAACGCAUUCACAGAUCUUGUCAGGUCAAUUAGCGUCACCACCAUUACCUGAACCAUGUGUCACCAUGCAGGAACCAUGCCCAAGGUUGCCUGACGUCAUUUCUGUCAUGCUGUCUAUACUAGAAUACAUGUAUAUGAUUCAGGUCACGAGAAAGUCUCUUCAGGAAACCUCGGAAGUGGAACGUUAGCCGACAAAACACCAGCACAUUGACCAAGGCCGACCGAAAAUUUGAUGAUCCGAUCCACGAUCCGAACUUCUAGACUGACAGAAUCUGGAAAGCGGGCCAAAACUUUCAGCUGACCCGCAAUCCACGGUAUUUUUCAAAUCCGCGAAUCUGCUCGAUUUAUCGCCGAAAUCCACAGUCCGUGAGCUUUUUAAGGCCAAAUCCGCGGAUCUGCGGACCUAUUCACCCCCCUCUAUAUUUGGAAAAUCAAUGGAGAACGGUUAUAUAUAUUUCGUAAAUCAAGCUUUCUUGACCUUGAACCUUUGACAAUGAUUCAGACUUUGUGUCAUUUCUCACCUCUAAUGAUUCUUUGAAUUCGGAAGUAUUUGUAAGUGUUUGGCUUUCUAUGGAAAAGUUCAUCGGUGAAUUCUAAAUAGUACAUAAAAAUUGAGUGCUCUGAUAUGACUUAGGGUCUAUAAGCGUACGAUUUGGACUUGGAAUUUGUCUAACUCCACAACACUUGUUUAGUAGGUAUUCCGGAUGCACUUCUCACUCUCUGUUCACAUGCGUCUUGUGAUAUUCAAAUCAGCUAAGAAAUGGUAUCUUAUGCACAUGUGCAUCAGUAGACUGUGACCAACAUCAAAACAAUGCUCUCGUAUACUAACAAUAUCCAUACAUCAAUUCAAGAGAAAAGAUUAUGAGAAUAAUAUAUUAAUAAAAUGAAAACCACAAAAAAGAUGCUUAAAUCUUUCAUCCUAUUCUCUCAACUAAUUCUUUGAGGAAAUGUAUGGAGACCAGUCUGGAGAAUAUAUAUGUGGAUCUUAGUGCUUAAAGGGUUAAUCACAAGAAUAAACUGAAAAUUCCAAGUGGAAACUGAAAAUUCCAAGUGGGGUUUGGAAAAACAUGAUGACAGAGCCCCCUUCCCCCUGCCCCACCCAGGAUCUGACUGGCUUUUUCUGUUUGCUUUCAGUCAUCAAUAAUGGACGGGAUGCUGCCCAGUCAGUUUAUCAUCUUCAUAUCCACAUUCUUGGUGGACGACAGAUGUCAUGGCCACCAGGCUGAGUCACCAAACAAAUAGAUUAUAGUCACCAGUAUGUUCAACGUUCAGUAGGGAUCAGUUUUAAAAACUAAAAGGCAGGAUCAGCAGGGGUGAAGGAGAAACUUCAUAAAACUAGAAGUGUAUUUUGAUAUCCUUGUGUGAAAUAAAUAAAAAUCAAAUAAAGGC